AUGUCGUAUGCUAUCGACUUGUCGUCCCAUGGCCGGGAAUUGAAACGUAUCUAUGAAUCGAUUGUUACCUCGGACCCGGACACCACCUGGGCCGUCUUCAACUACCAGGGCUCAGCCAAGCAUACGUUGGUACCCGGAGCAACCGGCGACGGCGACCUCAGGGACUUUGUUGAGGAAUUCGAUGACAACAAGGUCCAGUACGGUUUGGCACGAGUAGAGUAUUCGGGUGUUAACAAAGUUGUACUUGUGGGCUGGGUCGGAGAGUCCGUGCCCGAGCGGGUCAAGGGCUACUUCAAUGCCCACUUCUCGACCAUUGCCAAGUACUUUGACGGUUACCAUGUCCAGGUCACUGCUCGUAGCAGCGAUGAUUUGACCCCUUCCAUCAUCAUGUCAAAAAUUGACUCUGCUGCCGGAUCAAAGUACUCGGGUGCCACCCGCACUUUGAGCACCAAGCCCAAGUACCGGGCUGCGCAGGAGGGUGCCGACGAGGACGAUUGGGGCGAUGCUAAACCUGUUGUCGAGCGCGAUUUGCCCAACCUGGACAAAGUAAGCUCCGCCUACAAGCCUACCAAAAUAGACAUUGGCGAGAUCCGCAAGCAGGCGUCCAAGAGCCGAUCCGAGGUUAGAGGGGUUGAAGGCUUGGAUUCCAGCUCCUCAUACAAGCCAGUUGGAAAGAUUGAUAUCAAGGCUAUUCGCGAGGCUGGCAAGAACUCUAAAUACGCCGACACUCGAGUGGAGAAGAUUGAGAGUUCGUACAAACCAGUGGGCAAAGUCGACAUCAAAGCUAUUCGUGAGCAAGCCAAAAAGCAGGAAUCUCACAAAAAGUCGAUCAAUGACGACGACGACGCCCCGACACCGGCUCCCCGUAAGACCGCUUCGCGAAAUGAACCAGAGUGGGUGAAAAAAUCCAGCAGCCGCGAGGACAAUGACGACGAUAACCAGCCUGCUUUUGGAUCCCUGGCGGACCGUAUGAAAGCCUUCAACUCGGGCGUGCAGUCUGCACGUCCCCAAGAUACUCAAAAGACCCGCAUUGCUUCCGCCAAAGCCAAAUUCGACAAGAAACAUGCCAGCGGCACUCUGCCGCUUCGGGUUGACGAGUCUCACCGAGAGUCGCGUGCCAGCUCCGGAUUCAAGGAUUAUGGUAGUACCAAUGGCAAAACACCUGCUCAACUCUGGGCUGAAAAGCAUGGCAAACGGGAUUCUGCACCUAAAGCCGAAGAGCCCGAGUCAGAUCACGAUGACAAUGUCAGCGACGAAGAUGUGGAUAUGGCAGCCGCCCGGGCGAAAUUCGCCAAUGUUCGUGUGGAGGAGGAGCGGCGCUCUGAGCCGAUCAAGAUUGAGCGGGAAGAAAAGGCUUCAUUCUCGGACUUUACAAGAAAGUUUGCCCAACGCGAUGAGGCAGAGUCCGAUACUGAGCCGGAACCCAAACUCCCGCCUCGUCAAGAUGAACCCAAGCUUCCUCCUCGUCAAGCUGAGCCCAAGCUAACGCCUCGUCAGGUCCAAGCCGAGCAAGAAUCUGAACCGGAGCCGGAGCCGGAACGAGAGCUUCCCUCUCGUGCUGAAGAUCUAAUUGUCGCUAUUGUCGAAGAGGCAUAUGACGAAGAUCCUGCCGAAGACAAUGAAAUCUCUCUAGUUGUUGGCGAGAAGAUCACAGACAUAGAAAAGAUCAGUGCCGACUGGUGGCUCGGAACCAACUCAUCCGGUCGAGCAGGUCUGUUCCCCGCUGAAUUUGUUCGGGUCGUUUCCGGCGCUUCCGACGAUAAUGAUCAAGCACCUCCCCCUCCUGCCCGUCCUGUCGCCUCUGAGCCCGAGCCAGAAGAGGAGGAAGAGCCCACCGGCGGCUCUGCCAUCGCCGAAUACGACUACGACGCGGUCGAUGAAGACGAGCUUGCGUUCCGCGAGGGUGAUAAAAUCACCAACAUCGAGUUUGCAUCCGACGACUGGUGGAGCGGCGAGGCCAAUGGCAAGGUCGGACUUUUCCCUGCUAACCAUGUAAAAUUGCUGUAA